AUGUUGGUUCGAGUGUUCAACAAACAAGCAACGAAUUCCCUCCGAAAGGGGCUCACUACAUCAUCCUUCCGAUGUGUUAGUGUCACCAAGGAUUAUCUUAAGCCAACCAAAAGAGGCUUCGCUUCGGCCGUUCCGGUGGAAGAUAAUCUCGAUUCGAAUCCUGCAAUGAUGAAACUAAAGUUCCAAGAGCGUCUUCAAAAGGAGAGAGAACAAGCCUUGAUGGGAGGAGGGCAAAAGAGAAUUGACAAGCAGCAUGCCAAAGGAAGCUUGACCGCCAGAGAACGCCUCGAGCUUUUGUUUGACAAGGACUCAUUCCAAGAAAUGGAUCAACUCAAGGCCCACCGUUGCACGGAAUUUGGAAUGGAAUCCAAGAACUUCCCUGGAGACGGCAUUGUAACUGGACAUGGGCUAGUGAAUGGAAGACAUGUAUAUGCAUUUAGCCAAGACUUUACCGUCGUCGGCGGAACCUUGAGUGAGACGCAUGCCCAAAAGAUGGUCAAGGUCAUGGAGAUGGCAAUGAGAGUUGGAGCUCCAGUCAUUGGAUUGAAUGACUCUGGAGGUGCCCGAAUCCAAGAAGGUGUCGAUUCCUUGGCCGGCUACGCCGAUGUCUUUCAAAAGAACGUUGACGCUAGCGGAGUCGUCCCUCAGAUCUCAGUGAUCAUGGGACCAUGUGCUGGUGGAGCUGUGUACAGCCCUGCCAUGACCGAUUUCAUCUUCAUGGUUGAAGAUACAUCCUACAUGUUCGUGACUGGGCCCAAGGUGGUAAAGACUGUCACCAACGAAGAUGUAACCACCGAAGAUCUUGGAGGCUCCAAGGUCCACACCGCCAAGAGUGGAGUUGCUCAUGGCGACUUUGCCAAUGAUGUUGCUGCACUUCGUGCCAUGAGACGUCUUUUAGACUUUCUACCCAGUUCCAACGAAAAGGAAACCCUACCAGUCAAAGAGGCCACCGAUCCAGCGGACCGUUUAGUUCCAGAAGUUGAGCGUCUAGUUCCCGACGACCCGAACUCGCCCUACAACAUGAAGGACGUAAUUGGCCAGAUUGUAGAUCACGGUGAACUUUUUGAAAUCCAACCUGACAUGGCUGGUAAUAUCAUUACUGGAUUCGCAAGAAUGGAAGGUCACACUGUUGGAGUGAUUGGGAACAACCCGUUGACACUUGCAGGGUGCCUGGAUAUCAAUGCUUCCAACAAGGCAGCUCGAUUCGUCCGCUUCUGCGAUGCCUUCAAUAUUCCUCUUGUUACAUUUGUCGAUGUUCCAGGAUUCUUGCCUGGCACAGAGCAAGAAUUCGGCGGAAUCAUUCGUCACGGUGCGAAACUUCUUUUCGCGUACUCCGAGGCAAGCGUCCCGAAGGUAACUGUGAUUACUCGUAAGGCAUAUGGAGGAGCCUAUGAUGUGAUGGCAAGUAAGCAUCUCCGAGCUGAUGCGAACUAUGCCUGGCCAGGGGCCGAAAUUGCUGUCAUGGGAGCCAAGGGAGCUACAGAGAUCUUGUUCCACGGCGAGGACCUCGAGGCACACACUGCAGAAUAUGCUGCAAGAUUUGCAAAUCCAAUGGUGGCGGCACAACGUGGAUUCGUAGAUGAUAUCAUCGACCCACAAGAUACCAGAAGAAUCAUCUGUAACGACCUUCGAGUGCUACGAACAAAGAAGAUGCCAGAGAUCAAGAAAAAGCACUCAAAUAUUCCACUUUAA